AUGUACCAAAAGAUCAAUGCCAAGAACCUCACCUACUCACAGAACCUGCCACCAUUCCUUGCCGCCCUGCGUGACCAAGUGAGUGGCCAGACCGGACCGGAUCCCAUUCUAGCGGCGCGCAGGCGACCUGUCAAAAAGCGGUCUGCCAGCGAGGAGGCUGAAGACGCGCCGCUGGUUCUCGACGAGCAUGGUGAUGUGAUAGUAGGUGUUACUGUGGGCGUUGAUGGCACUGCAGCAAUGCCUGCUGGUCCUUCUGGAAAAGGACAACGACAGAUUUUAGAUGAUCGGCAAGAGAGGCAAGAAGGAAACACAGGAGAGGAUGUCGCUGGCGCUAGAACGGAGAAGAAGAGAAAGGUGGGUAAGGUGGUGGGCGGGGAGGAUGAAGGCGAGGAAGUAGAGGCACAUGCAUAUGGACAGCGAAAGAGAGAGAAGAACACAACGGAGAGAGAAUUUGAAAAGAAGACUGUAAGCAACGCCAAGGAUAAAGCGGUCGGUGACCGCGGUGCUGCUAAGGAAAGGAAGAACAAGAAGAAGAGCAAGAAGAUGAAGAUGAGGUUGAGUUUCGAAGAUGACGAUGUUGCCGCUUGA